UGAAUUGGGUAUCACCUAAGUCACCCGCAGGUGGGGGUGAUGCGGGAUUUCGCAGGAUUUCACAAAAAUUUCGCAAUUUUAACCAAGAAACCAGUGGUCAAACUGAUCAAGGUGGUCAAACUGAUCAAGGUGAUCAAACUGAUCAAGGUGAUCAAAUUGAUCAAG